AUGGAGAAGUUCGUCCGAAUGAAGUACGGAGUUAGCACGACGUCGAAUGUUUCCGGAACUAUGACGUCACCAGCCGGCCGGCACAGUCCCGGAAACAAUGUAAAGCGCGCAAUAACAGCGCAGUGCCGCCCCGGGACAAGUUUUGAUUUCGCCCAUUACAGUGCAUCGUGGGCUUUAUUGCAGCCGGCAGCUGUGCUACACUCCCUCUCAUCUUUAUGCUCAUCUGUACCAUAUACUGCCGAGCUGAGCUAUUCCCGUGCGGAGUAUGCCCAUUCUUCUCCGGCGCUCGUGCGGGGCCGCUUCGGCGGUGUAUUUAUAGAGCAAUUAUCGCGGCCGCCGCAAAUGAAUCGCGCUGUGCCCCGCGACUCGCUUCUCGAGCAU